AUGACCCAGACCCUCAAGCUCAUUUCCAGAGUUUUCCAUCAUGUACGCUGGGCUCCUGAACUGGGAACCUCACUGGGCUCCCAAGGCUCCAACUCAACACCCCGGAGUUUAACAGACAUCCCAGGCCCCUCCACGCCCAGAUUCCUGGCCGAACUUUUCUGCAAGGGGGGACUGUCGAGGCUACAUGAGCUGCAGGUGCAGGGCGCCGCGAGCUUCGGCCCUGUGUGGUUGGCCAGCUUCGGGAGGGUGCGCACAGUGUACGUGGCCGCCCCUACACUCGUCGAGCAGCUGCUGCGGCAGGAGGGGCCCCGGCCCGAGCGCUGCAGCUUCUCGCCCUGGGCUGAGCACCGUCGCCGCCGCCAGCGGGCUUGUGGACUGCUCACCGCGGAAGGUGAGGAAUGGCAGAGGCUCCGCAGUCUCCUGGCCCCGCUCCUCCUCCGGCCUCAAGCGGCCGCCGGCUAUGCUGCGACCCUGGACAACGUGGUCCGGGACCUUGUGCGGCGACUGAGGCGCCAGCGGGGACGUGGCACUGGGCCACCCGCGCUGGUUCGGGACGUGGCGGGAGAGUUUUACAAGUUUGGAUUAGAAAGCAUAGCCGCCGUGCUGCUGGGUUCGCGCCUGGGAUGCUUGGAGGCCGAAGUGCCACCCGACACAGAGACCUUCAUCCGAGCCGUGGGCUCGGUGUUUGUGUCCACGCUGUUGACCAUGGCGAUGCCCAACUGGCUACACCGCCUUGUGCCCGGGCCCUGGGUCCGCCUCUGCCGAGACUGGGACCAGAUGUUUGCAUUUGCCCAGCAGCACGUGGAGCGGCGAGAGGCCGAGGUAGCCAUGAGGAACCGGGGAAAGCCUGAGAAGGAGAUGGAAUCUGGGGUGCACCUGACCUACUUCCUGUUCCGGGAACAGCUGACUGCCCAGUCCAUCCUGGGGAAUGUGACAGAGCUGCUACUGGCUGGAGUGGACACGGUGUCCAACACGCUCUCCUGGACUCUGUAUGAGCUCUCCCGGCAUCCUGAAGUCCAGACGGCACUCUACUCCGAGAUCACAGCUGCCCUGGGCCCUGGUUCCUGUGUACACCCCCCAGCCUCUGCUCUGUCCCAGCUGCCCCUGCUGAAGGCUGUGGUCAAGGAAGUGCUAAGACUGUACCCUGUGGUACCUGGAAAUUCCCGUGUCCCAGACAAAGACAUUCAUGUGGGUGACUAUAUUAUCCCCCAAAAUACGCUGGUCACUCUGUGUCACUAUGCCACAUCAAGGGACCCUGCCCAGUUCCCAGAGCCAAAUUCUUUUCGUCCAGCUCGCUGGCUGGGGGAGGGUCCAGCACCCCACCCAUUUGCAUCUCUUCCCUUUGGCUUUGGCAAGCGCAGCUGCAUGGGGAGACGCCUGGCAGAGCUUGAACUGCAAAUGGCUUUGGCCCAGAUCUUGACCCAUUUUGAGGUGCAGCCUGAGCCAGGUGCUGCCCCAAUCAGACCCAUGACCCGGACUGUCCUGGUACCUGAGAGGAGCAUCAACCUACAGUUUGUGGACAGAUAGUCAUGUGGAAGGAGGAUGUUAUUAUUACCCUUUCUCUCAUUGUAGGAGUUUAUUAGGCACAAGAUCAAAAGAUACAUCUACUCUGAGGCCUAUCUGGCCAAACUGGACAGGAUGACCAUAGCAAAGUGCUUGAGGCAGCCCGACAAAUGUUUGAAGUAUGCACUUAGCCUGACUCUAUAGGCCCCGAUUGAACCAUGGUCCCGCCACCUGCUCAGCCCUGCUCCUGGUCAUAUACACAUUCUUUAAAGGUCAGCUCAGAUUUUAACUAACAAUGCUGGGGGGCCUGAGGAAGGACUCAACCACUGCUUCCACAGUGUUCAUUGAUGCUGCUGGCUAAGCAUUUACCAUGGGAUGAGCUAAGUAAUGGUGCAUCUGGUCUGCACCUGGUUGGUCCCCCCUCUUUGCAUGUGAGCUCUUUGAGAGGAAUGAUGAGGCCCUAUUUGAUCUGUAUAUUCCCUGCCAAGGCCUAUCCCUGAGUAGGUGAAACCAGACACAUUCUCAGAUUGAAUCCAGACCAUGUGGCAGAAGGGAUAAGCAGUUUACCAGGCUCCAUCCACCCCCUUCCUUCUUCAUCUUGCCCCUAGAAAGGUAAAUCUGCUCUAGCCUGGUUUAUGAUUUUUUUUCCCUCUCUUUUGCUCAGACUUUUCUGAGGGAUGGUUUAUGAUUUUUUAAAAACUCUUCUUGGUUCUCUGGUCACUAUUAAGUGGAUUUGUCUCACCACUUAGUUCUCAGGCAGAGACAUCCUUGGGCCUGCCCCUGUCCAGGCCUCUGCCUUCAUUUUUAUAUAGAAAUUUUAAAAUAUUU